AUGGCCGACAUCCAAGAACCAGCGAUCACGGAGGACUUCCUCUCCGCCGUCCUCAAGACGAGACUCAAUGCCACUCACGUAGAAGUAACAGACAUGUCGGGCGGUUGCGGCGCCUCCUUCACCUCCCUCAUCGUCUCCCCCGACUUCGUCGGCAAGAACAGUCUCAAGCGGCACCGGCUGGUCAACGCCGCGCUCAAGGAGGAGAUUGCGCGGAUCCACGCGUGGAGCGCCAAGUGCCAGACGCCCGAGGAGUACGCCAAGGAAAAGGCGGCUAGGGGGGCAACGACGGCCCGCCGAUGGAUGGGACGAAUGCGCAGGGGAAGGUGGAGGGUGUUGCUGAGUGAGUGGAAAGAAGAAGGAGUGAGGGGCGAAGGAGGGAGUAGGGAAGGCAAAGACCUUCCAUUGUAG